AUGCCGACGGUGAGCGUCGGCCGGGACCGUCUCUUCGCCGCCCUCGGCCGGACCUACACACAGGAGGAGUUCAAGGCGCUCUGCUUCGAGUUCGGCAUCGAGCUCGACGACGUGACGACGGAGAAGGCUAUUAUCAGGAAGGAGAAGCACCUCGAGGACGACGGCGAGGUGGACGACGAUGACGAGGUCAUCUACAAGAUAGAGGUUGCCGCCAACAGAUAUGAUUUGCUAUGUCUUGAAGGAUUAGCAAGAGCUCUCCGUGUUUUCACGGGGACUGAAGGAAGCCCUGUAUUCCAAGUUUCAUCCAUCCCUCGUGGUUCAAUUCUUCAGAUGCAUGUUAAACCAGAGACUUCAAAAAUUAGACCAUACGUAGUUUGUGCUGUCCUAAGGGGGGUAGCUUUUGAUGAAGCAAGAUACAACAGCUUCAUUGAUCUUCAAGACAAACUCCACCAAAAUAUCUGCCGGAAGAGAACUCUCGUUGCUAUAGGCACCCAUGAUCUGGACACUCUGCAAGGACCCUUCUCAUAUGAGGCUCUACCACCACAUGAAAUCAACUUUGUCCCAUUAAAGCAGAAUUCUCCAGUGUACCCUGUUAUCUAUGAUAGCAACAGGACUGUAUUAUCAUUACCUCCUAUCAUCAAUGGUGCACACUCAGCUAUCACCCUUGCAACAAGGAAUAUCUUUAUUGAAUGUACAGCUACUGACCUUACCAAAGCAAAUAUAGUGCUGAAUACAAUGGUUACCAUGUUCUCUGAGUAUUGUGAGACUAAAUUUGAAGUGGAACCUGUUGAAGUGGUACAUUAUGAUGGCAGGAAAACAGUUUACCCUGAUCUUUCAUGUUACAAAAUGGAUGUUUCAUUAUAUGACAUUCUUGGGCCUAUUGGCAUCUCCCAGGACGAGAAACAGGUUGUCUGUCCUUUGAAUAAAAUGCAACUGCAAGCUGAAAGUCACUCAUUGAAGGGGGAGCCUCGCAUUUCAGUGUCUGUUCCUCCAACAAGAAGUGAUAUUCUGCAUGCCCGUGAUUUGUUGGAGGACAUUGCUAUAGCUUAUGGAUUCAACAAUGUUCCAAAAUCAAAGCCCAAGUGUAUGACAAUAGGAGGAAGGCAACCAUUAAACAGGUUCUCAGAUAAAAUUCAUGCUGAGGUUGCAAGAGGUGGUUAUAUGGAGGUGCUCACAUUUAUCUUGUUUUCACACGAAGAAAACUUUGACAUGUUAAACAGAGCAGAUGACAAAAGUAAAGCAGUCAUUAUCGCAAACCCUCGCACUUCUGAAUUCGAGGUUGUUAGAACUAGUCUGAUGUCGUGUUUAUUGAAAACACUGAAACAUAAUAUAGACCAUCCAAGACCUAUAAAGAUUUUUGAAGUUGGUGAUGUUGUGAUGCUGGACUCGUCACGUGAUGUUGGUGCCUCUAAUAAUCGCAGGCUUGCAGCUUUGUACUGCAAUAUGGUUUCUGGAUUUGAGGCCUAUGCUAACUUGAUUAAAUUGUCCAGGAAAUUAUGGGAUUGGUGGAUACUGGAUAGUAUUGUCAAAGUUGUCAGAGCUCCGCAUGUCAACUUUGGCGAGAAUUACUAUGUACCUACAGAUGAACCUGAGUUCUUCCCGAAAAGACAAUGUAAAAUUGUUACAAGUGAUGGCAAGCAAGUUGGCUACUUAGGAAUUGUCCAUGCUGAGGUGCUAAGGAAAUUUGGCAUUCCGGAUCCCUGCACUUUCGUUGAGAUGGACCUCGAAGCACUGUUGUAA